AUGGCUACUCUACGCUGCACAGCAAUUCAAUGGGUGAACCAAGGCGAAAUGGGUGACUAUGUAACCGAAUAUGGCGCCUUCUAUCACCAGGUGACCGUCAGUGGCUUGUCCAGUUUCCAUUUCAGGGUCUGCUUCUACAACACUACCCCAAAUGCACAUGUCUUCGCCAUCCGCAUGGGGACCCCACGGGGCGAAGCCAUCAUGCGCUGGGUCUGGGAUGCUAACCGUAACGAUCCUGUCCGUGAAAAUGCCACUCUCACCUUCGGCCGCAAUGGCAAUCUCAUCCUUGCUGAUGCAGAUGGCCGUGUCGUCUGGCAAACCAAUACAGCUAACAAAGCCGUCACUGGCAUUAAGCUCCUCUCCACUGGGAAUCUAGUCCUUCAUGACAAGAACGGUAGGUUCUUGUGGCAAAGUUUCAGCCAUCCUACUGACACCCUCCUUGGGGGCCAGUCAGUUCGAUUGGACGUUACCAAGAAGCUCAUCAGCCGCACAUCCGCUGAGGACGGAUCGGAUGGUCUGUAUAGCUUGGAGAUAGCUCGUAAUGGGUUCGUCAUGUACAUGGAUCACUCCGGUACGGCUCUUCAGUAUGGAGGUUGGGGAAGAGAUAAUCAGAUUGAAGCAGUCACCUUCGUAAGCGAAAAGCAUCACAUAGAUGAGGCAUUCUACCUAACGUUGAAUUUUGUAGUUAAUGGGAGUGCCUCAGGUGGAUUCGAUUUGGUUAGGCUGAAUUACAAUAACACGUAUUCAUUCCUACGGUUGGGAUCGGAUGGGAAUCUGAAGACAUUCACCUACUAUGAGAAGGUUGUGGAAGGUGCAUGGAUGCCAACGUUUUCAUACUUCAGUGGCACUUUUGUGAUGGAGUGUAGAUUGCCGAUGAAGUGUGGUUCGCUUGGGUUGUGCCAAGAGGGGAUGUGUGUUGCGUGCCCUCAGCGCCAAGGAAUGUUAGGGUGGAGCGAGAUGUGCGCACCUCCUAAGCUCCCAUCGUCGUCUUGCAAGGCUAGUGCAAGCGUCGAUUACUAUAAGAUCGAUGGUGUAGAACACUUCUUGAGUAGGAAUGUGGAGGGAGUGGGGCCCAUGAAGGUGGAAGAGUGCAGGGAGAAGUGCAGCAAGGAUUGCAAGUGUGUAGGGUUCUUCUAUUGGAGGGAGUCUUCCAAGUGCUGGGUUGUUCCUUUCCUUCGUACGAUCAGGAAAGUGGAAGAGUCAUCCCACACUGCAUAUAUCAAGUUCUCUAAGCAGGAGUUUCAUCUUCCCACCUUGUUCUCUAUUGUAUCUUUCCACCGUUGA